AUGGCGGUGGAUUUCUGGGCUGGUUACCUCAGUGGUGCACUUGGAAUUAUCAUUGGAAAUCCCUUGGAUGUAGUCAAGGUGCGACUACAAGCAGGCAGUACGAUCUAUACCCCUCCAUCCCACCUAACUCGCUUGGAGAAGGCGAGUUCACUUGUACGAGGUGCCGCAGCCCCGAUAUUAGGAUAUGGAGCUCUCAAUGCCAUUCUAUUUGUGGCAUACAAUCGAUCAUUGACGGCCCUGGACCAUUCAGUCGUGGACCCGACUAACCCCAGAGAAACAUCUUUGUAUAAUAUUUGGCUUGCUGGUGCCGCAGGCGGAUUAGCCAGCUGGACUAUCUCUGCUCCGACUGAGUUCAUCAAGUGCCGAGCGCAGUUGGACUCUCGUCCCGAGGUCUCCUCAUGGUCCGUUGCCAAGGAUAUAUAUCGCAACCGCGGCUGGCGAGGAUUAUAUUAUGGGGGAGGUAUCACAAGUGCUAGGGAUGCAAUUGGCUAUGGAUUUUAUUUCUGGUCUUACGAACUAUGCAAACGCUUCAUGACCACCGAAAAUGAAACGUCUCACCAAGAAGCCUUGAAGAUUCUCCUCUGCGGUGGUAUUGCCGGCAUUAUCACCUGGGGCUCUGUUUUCCCUCUGGAUAUGAUCAAGACCAGACUUCAAGCUCAGACGAUUCAUGACAUAAAUGAUAUACACAAGCUUGUUGGGUCCCAUGCAGAAAGCCAACCACUGCUACAAUCACGAAAACCCUUAAAUACUCUUCAAAUUGCCCGAGAAUCAUACAGAGCCGAGGGUCUCAAAGCAUUCUAUCGAGGACUAGGAGUUUGCAGUAUCCGAGCGUUCAUCGUGAACGCCGUGCAGUGGGCGGCAUAUGAAUGGUUGAUGAAAAGUUUUCAGCCCCCUACAUUGAACGAGCCCAUCGGUUCCCAUGGCUGA